GACACAGCCGCCGUCAGAUCCGCCACCACCCAAUCAGAGCCAGCACCACAAUCCGCGCUUCCGGUAGCCUCAGCCGCGACCCUAACGUCACCUGCACUCCUAUACCACCAAAACCACACGAAUACCUCGCAUUCCGGGCCCAACAGUCACCUCCGAUCCAGAACACGUCUCCUCCGCCGGGCAUCCGACCUCAGAGGUCCCAAUCGACUGUUCAAGAUGAUCUCGGAGCGUGAACUACAGAUCAAUCCGCUGGUGCCGGAUAGCAUCGUGCAUAACACCAAGACUCUUGCGAACCUACACAACCUCACAGCCUCUUUACUCGGCAUUGCCGCCGGAAUCCUCGGCCUCGAAUCGUACCCUGGCUUCCUCUUCUACGCCCUCCUCACCUUCAUCACCUCUGCGCUGGUGUACGUCUUCCGUGUGCGCCCGACUGCUGCUGCGGAACUUGACACGACAAGGUUUUUUGUCAGUGGGUGGACGCUGUGGACGGGAGGGUUGAUUGAUGGGUUGAGUGGGUUUGUGUUGACGUGGACGUUGGUUUAUGGGUUGGUACGGGCAUAGGUGGUCGGAUCAGGAAUCAUGAGGAUCGGAUGAGGAAUGUAUGGGCUCGAUGCCAUAAUGGAGGGACUUGGGUGUAGGAAAAAGGAGAUACCAUACGAGGGCUGGGAAUAAUGCCUCAAACCAUCGACAAACCGGAAGAACUACAAUAAGUGGGAGCAGGGAUUUCAAUGGCAAAGGCUCGCAGAGCCAGCUUGGUAGAAUUCUCCCAAGUGCCAAUCGGGACUCAUGACAAAUUCAAGAAAGUCUGAAGAACCCAAAACAUAAAUGUAAUAUUAAGCAAAACAGAACCAAAACAUUAUAUAUUCAUAGGAUGUCGUCACCACUAACAUGGGAAAUAUUACCAAUCUACA